GGUAUAGCAUCAAGAAUCACCCCGAGAGUAUAAAGAGCUAGCUGGAUUCUCGCUGCGACCAUGUCGACCGAAGCCACCCGGCCUAGCGGUGUACCGAGCACUAUCGAGAUGCUGGAGAUGCUCGACCAGGUCACACAGGACAUUCCGAGAAUGCUAGAGUCUCUCGGGAAUGCUAUUGGUACGCUGGUAGACAGGAACACGGAUCCGGCAAAGGUGGACGUGUGGGAGCGAAAUCUCAAAGGUUUCAGUGGACAGUAUUACGGCCGAUUAGCGACAUGUCAAAACGCUCUACGUACGGUGAUCCGGCAUCUCCAUACCCUUGGGGUCGACCCGCAUACUAUACGACCUCCGAUUACCGGUGUUCCUCCUCCAGCGUUCUCUCUCCCAGGUCCGGACAAGCCGUACGCUCCAGAGCCCUCAACAAGUCAACAGCCCGAGGGCCAAAAGGCAGAAUCUUCAACGACGCCUGCUUCCGAGGCCGGAUUGAGCCUGUAUGCUGCCCGGCUGGAAUUGAAAGCGCUGCAAAGCAUGCAAAAGGCGUUGCACGAUAUGAUGGAGGAUAAUACGGAAAGCGUCGAGGCUUCCCUGGCAGGAGACCAUACACACACUGAAGACGCCAGCAAUAUACCGGAGCCGAUGGAGACCAGUCCCGUUGUCGCGACAACAGCGAUGUUGCCAACUUUACCUGUCGAGCCCGAGUCUGGGCUCGCAGCGGUUCCUCCUUCGGCCGCUCAACCAGCCUUCACACCAUCUUCGGCGAGGUUGGACGGGAACGGAAGCAUGAACGGUGCAACUAGUGCUACUGGAGGGCUAGGUGGAUUGGUGGGAUAUGCGGACAGCGACGGUAGCGACGUCGAGAUGAACAAUUAGGGGGAAAUCAAGCAAAGCUUCAAGAGACGACUCAGAUUAACGAACCUCUAACGACCGACUCUGUAACGUAACGCGGGCUUAUAUCGAUG